CAAGACCGAGGGUCCCAUGUUUCUCAACACCAUACCGGAAGUCGUGGCGUUCGCUGAUAGUAAUGGAGCUUCCAUCUCAUGUGCAGCAUUCGCCCGACCAGCGCCGGAACUUGACUGGCAGCGAAUGGACGGAACACCGGUGGAAGAGGUUACCGGACUCCUGGCAAUUCUACCGAACAACACCCUGUAUUUCCCGCCUUUUGAUUCCAAACGUUUCGCGCCAAGCAUUCACAAUACUCAGUACCGCUGUGUAGCCAGAAAUGUAGUCGGAAUUAUCAUGUCUAGAAACGUCACAGUUAAAGCAGUUUUGGUAGAGCAGUAUAAAAACUAUAAUGUACAACUAAAUGAUAAAUGGGUUAUGGAGGGUGCCACGGCUGUUCUAAAGUGUGACGUCAAUCCGUAUUACGUUCAAGAUUAUGUGAGCGUGAUUGGUUGGACACUAGGCACUCGACCAAUCGUACCAGGUGGACGAUUUAGUGUCCUGCCAUCCGGCUACCUCCAUAUUCGAGAUGUAAGAAAGACAGAUGGGCUGGCCAUGUAUUCCUGUAGAUCUAAAAAUAUCCUGACUGGUGAUGAACGAGGAAGUGCCUUCGCUACUCUACAUGUACAUGCACCACCAGCAACUCCUCCUCAUACGGCCAGAUUAUACCUGGCUUUAACAACAUCAUCUACUAUACAAGUGAACUGGUUAUCAGGUAGUAAUGGUGGCAGUCCUAUACAAGGAUUUAUAUUAAAUUAUAAGAAGGAACAUGGUUCGUGGCAAGAAGUUCGACUAGGUCCACAAAAUAGAACAUACAUAGCAGCUAAUCUACUCUGUGGAACAUCGUAUAAAUUUAAUAUCCGAGCCUUUAAUCGACUAGGUGAAUCAAACAUCAGUCAGCUAGUUACAGCGAAAACUAACGGUUCAGUUCCGAUCUUGCCACCACAGAAUAUGAUAUUGAAAGAAGAAAACACAACCUCUGUUGUCCUUGACCUUCAUACUUGGGAGACGGCUGGUUGUCCUAUCAGAUUUUAUUCUGUAAAAUAUCAAGUAUUUAACGAUGAAGUGUGGACGUUUGUCUCCAACUCUAUCAAAUAUAACACGACAUUAUUUACUGUACAAGAUUUACAUCCUGCCACAUGGUAUGAUAUGGUUGUUACAGCUCACAGUGAUGCUGGUUCUACAGAGAGUAAACUUAGAUUCGCUACACUAACAUAUACAGGCAGUACAAUAUUACCUAUAGUUGUUAUGCGUAAAGAAGAAAGUGAAUUUUAUGAGAAUAUAUUUAUAAUGAUACCACUGUGUGCUGGGUUGAUUAUAUUAACAGUUGUUUUAGUUGGUUUGUUCCUCUUCUGUAGACGACGUAGACAAAGACUUAGAUACAAAGAGCAUGCUCCUAAUUUGAGAAGAGAUAUAACUGCUGAGACAUCGUUAAUGAAUGACCUUGAUAAAAGGUUAAAUGUCGAUUUAGACAGUAGUAGUAGUACGCUACCAGAGUUCAGCAAACGUAAUGUUAACUUGUUGAUAUCGUUACAUUCGGAUGAUAAUAUUAACGGCAACAGUCAGUCGUGGUUGAUAGACAGCAGUAAAACCAACAGUGACAAUGGAUCAUUCUCUCGAUCAGAAGAUGAAGGAAAUAUUAACCCAUAUGCCACUUUCAACGAGCUCAAGGCUGUCGUCAAUACAGGAAAACGACAGGAACUCAUGCAGAAAUCUUCAGAAUCUGAGGAUGAAAUAGCCUUACAAAAAGCAGCAAAUCAAAGAGAGGGAUUAAUGUCCACUCCCUCGGAACCAUAUGUACCGUUCUUUCAUUCGAAGGGUGCCGGGGGAACAGUCCCUCGGAAGCCUCCACCUUUACCUAAAACCCGCCCACCUCGUCGUACAACCAGACACGAUGAAGUUAAAAAAGAGGGCUACGAUAAUCAUGGUGUGAUUUUAAGCCCCAGGAAAUAUGCCAGCGCCGAUCAAAUACAUGCUUUAUUUACACAAGGUCCACCAAGGCCACCUAGUGGUCAUAAAUCUGGCUCUGGCUCAAGUGACAAAGGAAGCCAGAGACAUAGUUUAAUAUCUAGUGUCACAACUGUUUCUUCGAGUCGAGAUGAAUUAAUGGAGGCUCUCGAAAACGCUAAAAAGAAUCCACCUCCACCUAUUCUGUUUGAAAGUCAGAAUGAUGACUCAUCUCAACCCACUGAUAGUUCGAUCGCCACAGAGCCUGGAAUUCGUGAAUUCACCCAAUCCCCGCCCAAACCAAAUGAACAGAGGGAAGCCUCAUGUGAGGUUCCAUCUUAUGAGCAGCAAAAACGUAGAAGGCAGCAUCGUAAAGAAAUGGAGAGUGAUACAACAGAAUGCGAGGGAACUGAACUCGCAGAUCAUUCUCCACCCAGACGUACAAUACGUGGCAGACGCAGCAAACAAAAACCACAAAUUAUAUCAAAACGUUCACUUGGUACUACAUUUAUUCCUAGGGCUCAUAGUCGCACUAGUACAACUAGUAGUGAAGAGGUCACAUAUACAUUUGGUGGAAGAGAAUCCCCAAGAUCAAAUAGUCCAUCAGAGGCUUAUCUCUCCUACCCGUGUGAUAGUUACGGCUAUACAGAUACAGAUUUAGGUAGUCGAAGGAGAGAACCAAAACCACGUGGACGUGGUACACCCCACGCUAAAACUAAGUAUGAUGUGAGUCUACAAACACCUGGUACAGAUGAAAGUAAGCCGUUAGUACUUGCUCUCGCACAACCAGCGUUAACUAGUCCUGCUGAAGAAGAUGAACACGUCAGCUUAAUAGACAGACAUUAUCGACCUUUACCAGAAGAAGAAGGUUCGGAAAAAGACAAAGAAAGUCGUAAGAAAGAUAAAGGCUACACCGAGGAUUUUACCAUAGUGUGAAUAUCGCGGGGGGGAAAAAACAUUUUUAUCUAAUUGGUGCAUAAACUUCUAUUGUGGCAUUUGCUAACUUUUUCAAAAAGUGUCAUUUGUGUCACAAUUAUACCAAUCUUUUUUGCGAUACUUGCUAUGAUAUUAUACUGUGGCUUUUCUUAAGCAUUUCAGCGUUGUUUUGUGUUCACUGGCAGCCCAUAUUUGGUAUAUGACAUUACCAUAUCUAGUAAGUAAAACAGUGAUUAUAUAAUUAAGGCCUAGCGUCUCAGUACAACAAAGGAAUAGCUACUCGUUAAUAAUACGAUACCCAACAGUUAAUAAGAUCUUCAAAAACGGGAGUAAAAGUGCAAUAUGGAGGCAUCACAAGUCGUAUUCAGUAUGUUUUAUUCAUGAUACCUUACAGAGUAUACACGAUAAAAAUAUCAAAAUUCCUUAUUAAAGACUGGAUCAU